UUCCCUUGGCAGUGCGUCUGUAGCCGCCUUAGCAGCAGGUCACAGAAGUACCAGAGGUGGAGGUGUGGCACCCCUUUUUUUGCACCUUGGCGAGAUCCCCUUUAAAAUAGUUGCAAUUUCCAACUUUCGGAAUAAGAGCAGCAUGUGCUUGACACUUGGUCGGGGAAGUACCAAAAAGUGAUACAUUUAUUAAGUCAAGGAGCAGAACCUAGGCCUAAUAGUGUGAUUUUUUUUUUUUUUUUGAAGAUGAGUUUCUCUCCGUAUGUCAUUGCAGUGACAGAAAUCUUGGAGAAAUCUCAGACCAGAUGCUAAGGACCAUCAUGCUGGCCACAGGAAACACCUUACUGACGUCAUCAUUCCCACAACCCACGUGGUGACGUCACAGACACCCCACUACCCGUGUGGCGUGACGUCAUCCAGUCACACUACGUGAGUGGUGACCGACGGCAGAUUACACAGAAGAGGCGAGGAUGCGUGGCUGCGAGCGAUGUCCAGCAGCGUCGGCGGCCUCGACCUCCCUAACGCCGAUGAUCCUGGUGGCGGCGGUGGCACUGGCCCUCCCCCUGCCCCACCUGGCUUCCCCUUCCCCCCCUAGGGCCACCGCCGCCUGCGACGUCACGGAGUACACGUGCGACCAGGGCGGCUGCGUCUCCCUCAGCCAGUACUGCGACGGCGUGGCGCACUGCUCGGACUACUCGGACGAGCCGCUGGGAUGCACAGUGUGCAACCGCACGUAUUAUGGUUAUGUCGACCACACCUACCAGCUGGAGGUCCCCGCCCCCCCGGCCUCCCGCGCGGGACCCCCACCUCCGCCCUCGUCCGCCCACCCACUCAUCCUCCUCGGGGCCACCCACGCCCUCGACGCUGGCUUCAAGUGCGUGCUCACCUUCAGGGCCAUAGGAGGGGGCCACGGGGACAUCGUGCAGGUCACCUUCUCCGAGUUCCACGUGGGCCACUUCAACAUGUCGGCUCUGGAAGAUUCCGGAGUGGGCGGCUGCGAAGGAGACCACGUGAGUAUCGAGGAACCCGAGCUGGCGGAGAGGGGCGGGCGGUGGUGCGGAGAGGGAUCGGGCCUGAACGUGUACUACAGCGAGACGGACACGGUGUCUGUGACCCUGCAGGCCGCCUCCACCACCCAGGGGGAGUACUUCGACAACCCACUCAAGUUUAAGAUCAGAUACAAGUUCCUGCCCCGGGAGCGUGCGGUGGUGCGCUACGGCCGUGGAGGCGCUGCCAAAUACCGCGGAGAAGCCGUGCGGAACACCGUGUGCAGUCGGGUGUUCCAGGGAUGCAGGGCUCGACAGUGCCGCCUGCAGUCCCCCAAUUUCCCCGGCCUUUACCCGCGCAACGUCACCUGUUAUUACCUGGUAAAGGCUCUGCCGCCCCCCGCGAGCGGCUUCACGCCCGUCAUUACCCUCCGACAAGACAACGACCGCCUGGUGCAGGUGGGGCGUCAGGGUCCUGUGGGCCGAGUGUCCCCCGAAUCCCGGCUGCUGCAGGACAACGAGUGCCGCGGUCCGGAGGACUUCCUGCUAGUUUACGACGGAGGCUCCAUGAAGGCGCCGCUGCUAGCCAAGCUCUGCGGCACCGCCACCGUUCCUAACAUCACUUCGAGUGGACCCGAAGUGCUGGUGGUGUUUCAGACUGCCACGUCUGGCAGGAUGAACCAUCUUCCCAACCUCGUCACUGGCUUUGAGCUAGAGGCCCAUGUGCUUUACAUUAAUCAGGAAGCUUCUAAUGUAAAUGGCCUGCAGUGUAAACAAACUAUCAAAAGCUUUGGGGGAACCAAUGGCAUCGUUGCAAGUCCUGUGUUCGCCGUACCGCCAAACGCGUCUUGCUCAUAUCAGUUCGAGGGGAGGAGAGGGGAGGUGGUGUGGAUAUACUUUACUAAGUAUCACAAAGCCAGGAAGAAGCAGGGCAUGAUGGGGCAUCAUCCCUGCAGGAACCGCCUCGCCAUUUUCGACGGAAAGCCAUUCACCGGCACGCCACCAGAUGCCUCAGAAUUAAUGGCAAAUUACUGCGACGAGCAGCUGCCACCGAUAUGCGUGCGGUCGAGGCAGAAAGGAACGGUGAGCCAACCGUGCACGCUGAAGGAAAGCUUCCUUUCGACGGGCACUAAUCUCGCUGUCACGCAAGACUUCACAGACGGGACAAGUCUACUGCCACUGGACUACUCUAUCUACUACGAGUUUGUAACAGUCUCUUUAGAGGGGAUAGAACCUGACACCGAUUGUGACAUCGAGUUCAGUAGUUCUCAGGCCAGAUCGGGACACUUCAACUCGCCAAAGAAUGUGUUCUUAUACGGCCGCGGUGGGAAAUCCUCCCUGUCCUGCAAAUACACUUUUAAAACCGUAAAAGGGGAGGCAAUAAAGUUGAGACUCACAAGCGUAGGUUUCCGGGGUAAUAUGUGUAAAACAGUCUACAAUUUCCAGACCAAUCUCUAUGACUGCAUUGCGCGACUACCAGGCUCGGCGACGCUGGAGGUCUGGGAGGAGCCGUGGAGACAGACGCGCCUUCCUCUCGGCUGCGUGUGCGACGGCGGCCUCGCACCCGCCUCGUUCGUGAGCCACACGCGGCUCCUCCAGCUGGAUUUCACCAUCAAGGAGAUGAGCUGGAGCCAGGACUUCAACGACUUCUACUUCGAUGCUGAGUACGAGUUCAUCAAAACAAAGGGCUGCGAUGAACAGAAGAUCCUGAACGGCUCGACAGGUUCGAUUUUGAUCGGGAGCAAGACAGAGCUAGAAGAAAGUGGGGAAGAAGGCAGCAAUGAAAAGUGUAACGAUUAUCCCUGGAGAAUAAACGCAAGGGACAAUAGCCAUCUUUACCUGAACAUUCCGGGUUACCACGCGUCUAGUCAGCGCUGCUCCACGAGGAAUAGAGUAGUUGUCUUCGGAAGCCACACGGCGCGGCCACUGCGAUCCGCCUGCCCCGAGCCCAACGUGGCCGACAGUGUGGAUAUUUUUUCAUCGGGCUGGACCACUCAGCUGGAUAUGCUGGAACCCCUACCGGAGAGCUUGAUUGUGCGUUACCUUGGCCGAGAGCCCGGCGUCUACAAGCUCACCUGGCUGGAGGUGCGGCGGGAGCCCCGUCCCUCGGCGCUGGAAUCCCUGAAGGGCGGCGCGGGCCGGCGGCACAUCACCGGCGCUACGUGUGGCCACCAAUGCCCCGAGUUGGACGCGUGCAUCAGCCCCGAACUCUGGUGCGACGGCGUGAAGCACUGCCCCUCCGGCGCCGACGAGCUCCGUUCCACCUGCCUCUAUUUCACAAUCCCGUGGCUGUACCUGAUCCUGGGCGCCGUCGGUAUACUGCUGGCACUGCUCGUGUUUGCUUCUGCCCUGGUGGCCGUCCGGGUGUACCAGCGCGGGAAGGUCAAGAGGAAGAAGAAGAAGGAGGCGCAGAGACUCAUGACCCGGGAGGUCAUUCUCCCCAUGAACUUCCACAAGGAAAACAUUUACUGAUACCGGGAUGUCGGUCUGACCCGCCGGCAUAAGGAAACGACCUUCCCUCAGCUCUUCUCUUCCUGAGUGUCUGCUCCUUUAUUACCCGCCUUGUCCUGGAUCCUUUUUAUAUACAUUUUUUUAGCUGCUUGACGAGACACUCAGAAAAAUCCAGGUUUUACUAUCUACUCUGUAAAUAUUUGCAUUUUUGUCUACGGGCGAUAUCUAUCAGCUAGAUGAAGACUUUGAUGACCU